AUGACACCCUCUCGACUCCGUGUCUCAGAGCCAACUCAACUGGUAGCUGAACCUUAUUUCAGCACCGCUGACAGAACAGCAUCUUCUGGGCAGCAGGGUAGCUUAAUAGUGCAGGAUAGCUCCAGAAACAGAAAACCCUGGGAUGAAGAUGCUGAUAUGAUGAAUUACAUUGAAACCGAGCUGAAGAAAAGGAAGGGAAUUGUGGAAAAUGAGGAACAGAAAGUGAAGCAGAAGAACCCAGAGGGCUGUCUGUAUGAGCUGCCUGAGAGCAUUUGGGUCUCUUCAGCUAAGAAGACUGAGGAGAUGCUGUCCAAUCAGAUGCUGAGCGGCAUUCCAGAGGUGGACCUCGGAAUUGAAGCUAAGAUCAAAAACAUCAUUUCCACCAAGGAGGCCAACACACGAUUGCUGGCUGAGGAGCAGAGCAAAAAGAAAGACAGCAAAACCUCCUUUGUCCCAAUGAACAUGGCCGUCAACUACGUCCAGCACAACAGAUUUUAUCACGAAGAGCUGAAUGCACCAGAGAAACAAAGAAGAGCCCAAGCCCGUCCCCUCAGGGUGGGAGACACUGAGAAACCAGAACCUGAGAGGUCCCCACCAAAUCGCAAACGCCCCCCAAAUGAGAAGGCAACCGAUGGCUAUCACUAUGAGAAGUUCAAGAAGAUGAACCGGUGGUACUGAGGCUGGCUUUUCUGGAACGCAAAAAUUCCUCUUCAGACAUUAAGCGCAAAUGCACAGGG